AUGGAGCGGCGGCCUCGCUCUCGCAGCCUUCGAGGCCCCUCGCUUGCAGCUGCCUUCGAGGCAGCUCGUGUCAAAGUCGAAUCGGAGACAGAAAGUGGGGAGUGUACCAGCCCGAGCCCCUGCAGUGAUCGGCGCCCGCGGGCCGGGCGGCUGCCGCUUCGCAGCAUCGUUCCCAAUCCGGGCCUGACUUCUAUCAAGAUGGAGGUCGAGGAUGCGCAGAAUGAGUCGGCGGUCAGCGUCUUUGGCCGACUUUGCACAAUAUGUGAUGUGCAGCAAGGUGGUUCCUUCCGAUGCCACCUGUGCGAAGUUCUUCACGUUGUGAUGCAACAGCAUGGCCCAGGCCCGACCACAGGAAGCUCGAGUUUGCGGAGCCUGAGCUCCAGGACAUCCUCCCAGACCCGGGCCUGCUUCAUAUCAAGAUGGAGGCCGAGGAUGCGAAGUCAGAACCAGAGGUCUGUCUCGCAGCCCAAGCACGGGCCCAAGACAUCAGCCAAGCCGUUUCCACAUGGAGUGUUUUCGAUGUGCUGUUGCCGGUGUGGUUGCAGCCCGUGCCAGUUGCUGUGCUGGAUAAUAUCCUAG